UCCUUACACAAUAUGAUACACGUAUUGUCUUAGCAUAUUGGAACAGAACAAUGGCAUUGUUGGGUCUGUUACUACUGGUUCUGUUAACAGAAGGAAUGUCAUGUGAUAGAGAGGCUAUUACUUGUCCAGAUGGAACGCCCAACCCCGGUCGCGGACCCGGGAGAUGUAAUUGCUACCAGGAAGGAGACUUCAGGGUUAUAAAUUGCCGCAAUCGUGGAUUCAUAGAGAUACCCAGAAUGAACUCAACCGAAGAAUGGGACCUGUUGAAUUUCGGUAUAAACAAAAUAACAGAAGUCCCGACUGGCAUUUUUGAAGGACUUCCAAAUUUGAAAUCCAUUGAUUUCUUCUACAAUACUAAUCUUACAACGCUGCAAUCGAAUGCUUUCCGAGGUGCUGAUGAGAUUCAGAACUUUGUUUUCACGCGUUGUAGUAUCAGUAAUAUCGGCGACGAUGCAUUCAGUAACUUAUACAAUCUAACAACUUUAAACCUCCAAAGCAAUAACCUGACAGUGAUAACAGAAAAGGCAUUCAAUGGACUCGGUGCACUGGAAUAUCUUAGACUUGAUGAAAAUGAAAUCCAGACAAUUGAUCCAAACGCAUUCCAAAGCCUCGUCAACCUUACGAUGUUGACAUUUUCUGGAAAUCAACUCACCGAGAUUCCCGAGAGUUCUUUCAAAGCAUUAACAGAACUUGGUGAUCUGGAUCUCUCAAAUAACAAAAUCACAACAAUCCCAGAAGAAGCGUUCACGGGACUUGUUAAACUCGAGCGUUUGAGUUUAUGGAAGAAUCAAAUAACACGUUUACCUGAUAACGUAUUCAAGAAUCAAGACAUGUUAAGAAUUCUGCAACUUUCGGAAAAUGAACUUACAGAAUUGCCCCAAACUUUGUUUCAACACACAGGAAACCUAACGCAACUGGAGAUAUUGAAGAAUAAGUUGGAAAUCAUUGAAUACGGAACAUUUGAGCAGAAUUUGGAACUGAAAUUCCUAUUUUUUACUGAUAAUAAUCUAUCAGAAUUGUCACUGUUCGCCUUCACAAAUCUGACUUCUCUCUUUGAAUUAGCAUUGGGACAAAACCUAAUCGAGAAUGUCCCAGGGUUUGCUUUUGUAACGCUAUAUCGUCUUAAAAAGUUGACUCUGGCCUCUAAGAAACCCAUCCAAAUCCACGAGAAUGCGUUUUGCGGUUUAGAUAGCUUACUGGAACUAGAUAUGUCGGAUUCAGCCAUGUUUGGAUUUAGAGUGUGUCAUCUAAGUCAUUUACCAGCCUACCAGAAGGGUUUUAAACUUUUAGUUACUGGUAGUAAGAUUAACUGUGGUUGUGACAUGUGGUCAAUCUUAGCAAACAUGUGCCCACACGGAGGUACAAGUUGUUCCGUUGUUGGGAUUGACAAAAAUGAAUGCGUUGAGCCUCGAGCGCAUAGGAAUAACAACUGGUAUCAUUGGAGUGAUUGGCAUUAUGGGAAAAUAAAUUGUGCACCAGAAGACAAAAACCCGACUUGUCCCGUCCCAUGUGUCGAAUCCCAACCAACGACAGCCGGUCCAACGACUCAAGAACUGACCACUACCACACCAACUACAGUCGCCAAACCAAUAACAACUUCCAAACCCAUCACAACUUCUAGACGAACUGCAACUCCCACCUCAUCAAUAACUUCCAAACCAAUCCCAACUCCCACACCAACUACAAUUACCAACACUGUCCGAAGUUCAACAUUGCAAUCAAGUACAACUACUAAGACAAUGGCACGCUCAUCAGAUACUACAGCCACUGUUGCAGUGACCGCUGGCAGCGAGACAGGAGUUCUAGUGAGCAUUGUCAUCACUACGAGCGUCGUAGCUGUAGUCAUUAUUGUAAUAAUUGCAAUGGUCAUUGUGUGCAUAGUCGUUGCCAAAUCGCGCCCAAACGUCAUACACCCAGCUGCCCAAGAAGAAGUAAAGUCAAAGUAUAUGACUCACAAAUAAGCAUAACAGUUAUAACGAUAGUAUAUAAAAUGUUAACAUAUACUCCAGAACUUAGUAUAUAUCGAUAUAUACAUGAUAUACUUUAAGGAAUAACUCUCAAACUAUAUAUACCCAUUUAACUACGUAUAUCAAAUUGAAAUAUAGCUUAAAUUAUGUGUGAACACAUUUCUUCAUCCAAGUGAAUGGGUAAUUAACAGAAACUUCAUAAAGUUAAAAAAUCCUAAAUCAAUUGUUUUAACCUGACAGACCGGAGCAAGGUCGUUACUGCACUGCUCCGGCGACGGAAAUGAUCUCGGAGCGCGUCAAGGUCGCCAUAAGCAAU